GAGUAGUGGUUAUCAACAUAUUAAUAACUCUGGAAGAAGUGUAAAACAAAAAAGUUCCUUACUUGUUCAUUCGUCGUCUCUCCUAAAAUGUCGUCAAACUUUAUAGUGGAAUCGUGUAGCGUUGAUUCAGAAGAAGGGGUGAAGCUUCACACGAGAAUCUUCAAACCCAGAAACGAAGGAGAAGAAGUCAGCGACGAUGAGAAUCUGGUGAUAGUAUUGGUCCACCCGUUCUCGCUCUUGGGUGGUUGUCAAGCUCUGCUCAAAGGCAUAGCUUCUGAAUUGGCCUCUAAGGGUUUCAAGUCUGUCACUUUCGAUACGAGAGGUGCCGGAAAAUCCACCGGAAGAGCUACUCUUACCGGCUUUGCUGAGGUCAAGGAUGUGGUCGCUGUUUGUCGGUGGCUUUGUCAGAAUGUUGAUGCUCAUAGGAUCCUGCUCGUGGGUUCUUCUGCUGGUGCACCAAUCGCAGGAUCAGCGGUGGAGCAAGUAGAGCAAGUGGUGGGAUAUGUGAGUUUGGGAUACCCAUUUGGCCUAAUGGCCUCGAUUCUCUUUGGGCGACACCACAAGGCCAUUCUCUCAUCCCCUAAACCCAAACUCUUCGUAAUGGGAACACAAGACGGGUUCACUAGCGUUAGCCAGCUAAAGAAGAAGCUGAAAUCUGCAGUCGGACGCACUGAAACACACCUCAUUGAAGGCGUUAGUCAUUUCCAGAUGGAAGGACCUGAAUAUGAUUCUCAGGUGACCGAUAUUAUAUGUAAAUUUAUUUCAUCCCUGUAAAAUACCACAUGAAAAGAUAGACCUUAGGGGAUUAUUACAUCCUCGUCGAACUACGUUGGUGUAUGUCCGGAAAUUACUUGGAUAAAUCUUUACUAGCACGAUAGGAGUUUGAUGUCCCUGUACACUACGCACUAAAAGACUUGUUUUCAUAUGUUGAGUUAUUAUCACUCUAUCGGACAUUUCUUCAAGCUUUGCAAUUGCAUCGAG